CUCGUGCUCUGCUCCGUAGAGGAAGUGAUCACACACCGAGUCAAGUUUGGUUGAACUCGGGCAUGUUCACUAAAGCGUUGCGUCUGUCCAGUGAGUCGUAGAGAUGUUCAUGUUCGUGCUAACGGAAUGGAAAGGACAUCUGGACGACGGAUUUUAACAGGGGAAAAUCUCAUCACUUCCGGGUGUAACAUUGUAGCGCGGGAUAGCAGCUGCACUCCUGAAGAGCCUGUCUGUGUGUAACAUCAUUCAGAGGACGUCGCUAUGGACUCCUUUGGAAGGCAGGAGUUUCUUCAGGCUCUAGUAGAGGGCUGUGUGCUGCCCACUGCCCAGCAGGGUGUGGAGCAAGUUUGGCAGCUCCUGCUGGUAUGUCUUCUGUGUCGAGUCAUCUGUAGACUAGGUGUGUCAUGUCAUGUGAAGCAUGUUAGUCUGCUGGCAGGUGGCCUGUACGUGUUGUACGUGUUCUUUGAGUUACACAUGAUGUGGGUGAUAAUACUGAGCCUCCUGUGCUACCUCAUCCUGCUCCUCAGCAUUACCUCCCGAAGCAAAGGCGUCUUCCUGUCUCUCGUCAUCCUCAUCUACAUGCUCAUGGGCGAGUUACACAUGAUUGAUGCAGCAACCUGGCAUAAGAUGAGAGGCUCUCAGAUGGUGGUAGCCAUGAAGGCCAUAUCUUUGGCUUUUGACCUCGAUCGAGGUGCUGUGUCCUCUUUUCCCUCGCCGUUGGAGUUCAUGGGAUACCUCUGCUUUGCCGGAACCAUCAUCUUUGGCCCGUGGAUUAGUUUUGCCAGUUAUUUAGAUGCAAUUAACGGCCGCAAAAUGACUGUUGCCUGGUUUGGGAAGAUUGCUCUGAGCUUUUUAAAGAGUCAAAUUUGCCUAGUUAUUUCAAACUGUAUUGCCCCUUAUCUCUUCCCAUACUUCAUUCCCAUCUAUGGUGAUGGACUUCCUCGUAGGUGGCUUCAUGCAUAUGAAAAUGCAGUGUCCUUCCACUUCAGUAAUUAUUUUGUCAGCUAUUUAAGUGAAACGACCACCGUGAUGGCCGGAGCUGGAUUCUCUGAGCAGAAAGACAACCUCAAAUGGGAUAUUACAGUAGCUAAGCCUCUGAACGUGGAAUUGCCGAGGUCCAUGGUCGAAGUUGUCACUUCUUGGAAUCUACCCAUGUCUAAAUGGCUAAACGCAUAUGUCUUUAAAAGUGCACUCAAACUUGGCACUUUUCCUGCCAUCUUGGUGACCUACACAGCCAGUGCAUUGUUACAUGGUCUCAGCUUCCAUCUGGGGGCAGUGCUGCUAUCUUUGGGAUUUAUCACAUAUGUUGAACAUGCACUGAGAAAGAGGUUGGCUGUGAUUUUCGGUGCAUGUAUACUGUCAAAGCGCUGUCCAAGUGACUGCCAUCACCAAAAUAAGAAGACUGUGUGGGUGUAUGGUGUUAACCUGCUCUUCAGUGCUUUAUCAAUAUUCCACCUUACGUACCUUGGCUCACUGUUCGACUCUGAAAUGGACAACAUGAAUGCUGAGGAGGGUUAUAUGGCCAGUCACACUAUUCAGAAAUGGUCAGAGCUAAACUGGGCCAGUCAUUGGGUGAUGUUUGGCUGUUUUGUGUUUUACUGGCUCAUUUAAAGCAUACCAUAGUAUUCAGAAAUCAGAGGACCACUGUCAAUGAACUAGCGGAAGAUGUGGGAGCAUUAAGAUGCUGAGAUACCAUGGACUACAGCCAGAGUAACUACAUCCACCCUUCUAUCCUUUUCCUGGAGAAGAUAAAGUGCCUUGUUGAAAAUCAAGUUGUUACAGGAAUCAUGUUGUCAUAGGAACACUUGUUCUUUUAAAUUUGAUUUAGAGUAGAAACAAUUUUGGAGUACGCAAAAUGAUCAAGAAAGUGUAUUAAUAUGCAAACUAUAUAUCAUAGCAUCCUUUUGUUGUCAUUUUGUCUGGCUUCAGAUUUAGGAUUUAGUAGAUUGAUUUAGUGUUACAUUGUCAUUUAAUAGCAUAUGUCUUGGGCCUGUAAACAUUCACAUUGCUGAAAUGUAUCGAGUAUGUCUGGGCAAACUAUUUAUUUUAUUUUUUUCAAAUAAAAAUUAUUCUCAUGAUGCAUGGCCAUUCCCUAAGGCAUUUCACGGACAUUCCCUGAAAUAACCUGAAUACUUUACUCAAGGUUACUUUGUUCUUUAUCAUUUAUCAUUUUAACAUUUUUGUCAUAAGAUUAUCACUCAUGGUGAUAAAGCGACCCUUACAAAAUAUAGGCUAAUGUGGUGUUAAGUAUCACUCAGAAAAGAUUUCUUUAUUGUCAUUGCAUGACACAUACAAUGGAAACACCAUGUACCCCCCAAAAGUAAGGCACAGCCAUUGUGAAAAUUCUCCCCAAAAAGGUUUUUGGUGGAUUUUGCAUCAGUAAUGAAAAUGCAGUCACAGUUUGUGCAAAAAUAUUGGCGCUAUAUUUACCUCAUAGUUAUUCAUCUGUGUCCAUGAACGUGUGGUGGUCUGUAUAAAUACGUGAAUGUCCGGCAUAGCACAUUAAUGCCAUAAAAGAAAACUGAGGUUGUAAACUUGCUAGCAUCAUAUGCCAUUUAAUCCGACAGUAUGCA